GCCAGUGGCUUAAGUCGAUAUACAUGCAUCACUGUCAAGCCCACAAGCACAAAGAAACGUAAAGUCAUCUUGCGACCAUAUGUUAGUUUUAUGUCUAUGUUUCGUGGUUCCGACGCUUACGAGAGUACAGAAUAGGCGGGGCGCGGCGUCGGGAGGAAGCCACAGGGAUACUGACAAACGACACCAGGCCAUCGUUGAGAUACCUUGAACGAUCCCCGCGCAUGCAAACGUGGGAGAGGCGUGAGGUUUUGAGGACUUAGCAUGCAAGCAAGGAAUAGAGGAUUAGAAGCUUUUUUGAACCGCCCAUGUUUGAGGUGCUACGAAUCCUUAUCACCCAGGCAGGAAUUUGGUAUUGGAAGCUUUUUGAACCCCUAAAUAUGAGGUGUUAGGGACCUUUAUCAUGCAAGCAAGAAUAGAGGAUUAGAAGCUUUUUUGAACCGCCCAUGUUUGAGGUGCUACGAAUCCUUAUCACGCAGGCAGGACCUUGGUAUUGGAAGCUUUUUGAACCCCUAAAUAUGAGGUGUUAGGGACCUUUAUCAUGCAAGCAAGAAUAGAGGAUUAGAAGCUUUUUGAACCGCCUACGUGUAAAGUGUUACGAACCCUUAUCACUCAGGCAGGAAUUUGGUGUUGGAACCUUUUCGAACCCCUAAAUAUGAGGUGUUAGGAUCCUUUAUCAUGCAAGCAGGGUUAGAGGAUUGGAAGCUUUUCGAACCUCCUAAGAUACAGGAAACAUGGUAUUGGAUGCUCUUUCUGAACGUCUUAACUACGGAAUAAGGAAUUCAUGGGAUGUUGUUCUGUGCCUCUCAUGUAUAAGAGGACGAGGCAGGAGCGUCCAUAAACAAAGUGUAGUCGAGGUGUUGACAGCGGCAUCAGGUGGUCGUGAGGGAGUGAUGAAGGUGGUGUUGGCGGCAGGGAUUUAUGAGGCCAAGACUCCUGCCGAGACACAACUCUAGGAUGAUGAGGUGCUUGAGUCCAAACAGUAAACAGACAGGGUGUUGCCAGGCCAGGCACGUUAAGGUAGUGUUACUGACAGGGUCUUCGGUCUGUGUCUUCCGCAGAUCCUGUGUUGGCAUCCUGCGGCCUUCAGGAUGCCUGCUGCCCGCCUACUCCUGUUGGGCCUCGCCGUCCUCGCCCUCUUGUGGGGACCGACGGAGGGCAAAACACUAAAUAUGGACUUGAAUGAAGUAUCCUCCUCCUCCUCCACUUCUUCCUCCUCCUCUGAGCCCCAAACCGCGAUCCAGACUCUCCUGACGCGGCUGCUUGCGGAAGGCGCCAAGAGCACAUCGCUGAGUUCCAUGAUGCUGGCCCUGGGGGAGGGGGGCGGUCCCUUCGCCCGGCAGGUCAAGGGCAUCCUCAAGAAGCAGCUGCCCAGCGUGAAGGAGGUGGCGGGCGGCCUCGGCGUGAGCCCUGACUUCCUGCAGCACUUCAUCAAGCUGGCCAGGAAGGUGCGGCGGCUGGGCCAGGCCACGCCGGCCAGCGAGAAGGGCGCGGCGCAGAGCGUGCUGGAGGCGGCGCUCGACUACCUCGGCACCGACGAGGGGGAGGCCGAGGCCGAGGACGAGGAGGCGGCAUCCGGCGAGGCGGGCACGGAGGACAUCCAGGGCCAGCUGCUGUACCUGGCCCGGGGCAUGUUCGAGCAGCGCUUCGGCAACCUGAGCUCCGUCAAGGCCCCGACCAACGCCACGCAGGCCGCCAGCGCGGGGCUGUGGGAGGUGGUCAAGUCGACGUGGCAACGCGUGCUGUCCUACGUGGAGGAACAGAACGGCCUCGAGAACUUCAUGCAGCAGACGCCCGUCAAGGUCAUCGACCGCGUGCUGAGCCUCGGCGACGACUUCAACCUCGCGGCCUUUCUGGCCAAGAAACUCGACCCGGAGUUCGCCGAGUUCCUGGCGGCCAAGGCGGAGCCGCUGCUCGGCCCGCUGCGCGACGCCGACUCUCUGGCCAACCUGACGCAGACAGUCGGGCUCGGCGGCGCUCUGGACUACGUCCGCUCCGAGAGGUUCGCCAACACGAUCGCUGCAAUGUCCCGCUUCGUGUCGGCCUACCUGGAGGACGCCGUGUCCGAGGACGUGGUGAGUCAGUAUAUCGACUUCAUCUCCUUCAGCAGCCCGGAGCUGAACCAGUUCUACCGGGCGGUGCUGCGCAGCCGCAGCGACUCUGCCAACACCACAGAAGAGGAGGCCGCCGGCAGCCCGAAGCGGCUUCGCCGCGACGUGCUGAAGGACCUGGCCAGCAUCUACCGCUACGACGAGGAGACGGCGCGCCUGCAGGCCGAGCAGCGGUCUGACUUCACCACUGACGAGGAAGAGGACUCCUCCAGACAGCUGCAGCACCGCUACGGCGGCCUCUCGGCACUCGGCGCCGCCCCGGCCUUGUACGACCCCUCCAGGGACGGUUAUGGCGGCGGCGGCUACGGCGGCGGCUAUGGCGGCGGCUACGGCGGCUACGGCAUGAACAUGAACACGCUGGACCCGUACGUGGUGCUGGGCUCCCUGGCGCUGGGCACCAUCCUGGGCUUCCUGCUCUUCCGCGCUCUUAGGGGCACCGGCGGCGGCAGGCGGGACAUCGGCGACGGAUCACUCUCCCUCUGGCAGUCUGACGUGCCCCUCGCUGGCGGCAGUAACCGCGCCAUGCGCUCAGCACGCUCAGCGCCCGCCGGCGACGGUCUGGUGCUGCCAGACGCACUAAGGGGCGACAAGUGGUCGUCGGCGCCGCUGGUCGGUGACGAGACAUCGACCGGGCUGUCAUUGGAGGAGGACGACCUGGCCGACCACCUCAACCAGUUGUGGCGGGCACACAGCGGCAACGAUUCGUCCACCUGCGUCAGGAGCAACUUGUGUAGCCAGCUGGCGGGGCCCGGUGCCGCCCACGCCGGCCUCGCCCUCUUGCUGUCGUCCACAGGCACCGUGCUGGGCGUGUCAGGGUCAGGUCAGCUUCUGGACGACGUGGCGGGCAGCCUCUCGCUGGGCCGCCCUUACUCCUGCCCCGCCGCCGCCUGCCCCAGCGUGUAACAGCGCUGCGCACCGUGCCCUCACGCGUCGGCAGCCAAGGUUUGGGUGUGCCGUAUCAGGGGGCGCCGUGCCCGUUGAAGACAAGCUCCGCCCCGCCCAAUCCAGCUACUUCCGGACACCCAGGGGUGACAAUAUUGCUUUGGCUCCGCCUCGAGCCUCGACACGACCCACGACGCGACAGACACCCACAAGACGCACCGCUCCCCGCGCCUGUGACGCGGCUGGCCCGCCCGCGGCCCUCAUCCCGCCCCCAGCAAGCGUCCCUCCAGAGGCUGCGUCCUGCGGGCCGGGACGACAACCAGCCCACUCAGAGGCCGCCGCGGCAGCACGGAGGGCGCCGCACGCCUCUCGUCAGGGCCGCACGCAGAUAUCACGACAGCUCAACUCUCGACGUUUGAAAAAAUACAUAAAAAGAAAACCAAAGACCAUUUUACUGUUACCUGUUACUUAUUUAUUAGUACUGCUUGUACACCGUGCGUCGGCGACACACUUAAGUUUACUGUCCUUGUCCCUCGAAGACUAUUAUUUAAACUAGAAGAAUUAAGUUAAAUAGUUAUCAUCAUUCCCGUAUACCCAAUGUUUAUUAUUUCCAUAAUUAUCACUAUUUUCAUCAUUAUUAUGAUGAUGAUCAUUUUGAUCAUUAUGAUUAAUAUAAUUGGGAUUACUGAUAUUGAUAUGAUUACCAUUACUAU